CUUGGUCUCGAAACUGUCCAAGCUUCAAAAUCUCUCUAAAUUUGGAUUUUCUUCAUAAUCGAAGUGAACCCCAAAAUUUUUGGUUUCUUAUCUAAAAUUCUCCAACUCAACUUCUCUUUCUGUAUCCUGGGAAGCUGAUAAUCCUUAAAAUGUACAGAAAAACUGCCAUUUUCAAUCUUGUUUUUGUGAAACAGAAUGAAUUGAUUUUUUUGGUCGAUGAAAAAUCAGUAUCCAUUUGAUUCUAUGUCUUUUGUGCUUUUGUUGAUUUUGCAUUUAUCAUGUUUUUGGUUUUUCCUGUCGUGAAUUGGUGUUGAGAUAGUGAUAUAGAUAGGAAUAUAUGUAGAAGUGAGCAACUUUGGAGUAGUUAAUCGCAUAAUGGUGUCUGUUAAUGAUCCAAUUGAGUCGAUUUUCAAUUCCUUUCAAGUGGUAAAAGAUGCUUUUUCUCCACUAGAGUCAGGCAUGAAGAAAGCUGCAAAAGAUCUUGAAAGUUGUUGGGGAGGCUCAAAUAAGAAAGGAAAUCAUCUUGAUUUCAUUUCCCAUUUGAAUGGUGGUGAUAAGAAUUGUAAAGUACGGUUCUGUGGUGUAAGGAAGGAGGGCAGUAACGGUGCUAACAGUAUUAAUAAUGUGCAGUGUGUGAGUAGUGAUGAGAAAAAGAAAGGGUUGUCCAUUAAGGUUCCAAUUGAGGCUGUCAUGGGAAUGUUCUCGCCAAAUAUAGAAAAUGGUGACAAGGUUGAGGUGGUGAAGAAAGGCUUGAAAGAGAGGGAUGUGGCUACAGAAGAGGGAUCCUGCAUUAAGUGCUUACAGUUUGCAGUCACUUGGUCAUUGUUGGUUGAUGGUUUUGUCCAGGCUUUUGCAAGUCCAUUUAAGUCCAGGAACAAGAGAGUUCAUAAAGUGGGAUAUGAGGAUGAAAAGUACUCAAAUUUGUCUACUCAUGGGUUGAACUCGGAGGUUAGAAAUGAGCUUAAGCAAGGGGAAUUGAGGUCUCAAUUUUCUAAUGGGUCCAAUAGUGAUUGUUCAGAACAUAAAGAAGGGAAACAUAUAUCACUUGAAUGUCUUAUAGGGUUUAUAUUUGAUCACUUGACUCAAAAUCUUCAAAAAUUUGAUCAACUUGUCCUGGAGAAUCAUGAGAAUCAGUGUAGUUGCUCUUGCUCACCAACACCACAUCCUUGCUUUCAAUUUGAUCAUUUGAGGGCAGUUAUGAGUAUUUUUAAGGGUCGAAAGGCUGAUGUUAAUGGGUUUUUGGGAAACCUGAAUUUUGCUAGGGUGGGAGGUGUGCCUUCAAGAGUAGUUGGAGUUACUUCUUCAGUUGAUGAAGACAGUGAUGCUGGUGUCGGCACUGGUAGUAGAGAAGAAACUGGGGGUAGUUCACCGCAGAAGCUGGCCAGUGGGAUACUUAGCAUUCCACUGUCAAAUGUGGAGCGUUUGAAAUCUUCCUUAUCCACUGUGUCGUUAACAGAACUGAUUGAGCUUCUACCACAAGUGGGGCGAUCCUCUAAGGACCCUCCAGACAAGAAGAAGUUAUUUUCUGUCCAAGAUUUCUUUAGAUACACAGAAUCAGAAGGAAGGAGGUUCUUUGAAGAACUGGAUAGAGAUGGUGAUGGCCAAGUAACAUUGGAAGAUCUUGAAGUUGCUAUGAGAAAAAGAAAUUUGCCUCGGAGAUAUGCUCGGGAAUUUAUGGGCCGUACCAGGAGCCAUAUAUUUUCAAAAUCAUUUGGUUGGAAACAGUUUUUGUCUUUGAUGGAGCAGAAGGAGCCAACCAUUCUUCGAGCUUAUACUUCUCUCUGUUUAAGCAAGUCUGGGACACUUCAAAAGAGUGAAAUAUUGGCAUCACUUAAAAAUGCAGGGCUUCCUGCAAACGAAGAAAAUGCUGUUGCUAUGAUGCGGUUCUUGAAUGCAGACACUGAAGAAUCCAUUUCAUAUGGGCAUUUUCGUAAUUUCAUGCUUAUGUUGCCCUCUGAACGACUACAAGAUGAUCCUAGGAAUAUCUGGUUUGAAGCUGCAACUGUUGUGGCUGUUGCACCACCAGUGGAAAUUCCUGCCGGAAGUGUUCUUAGAUCUGCAUUGGCCGGAGGCCUUUCAUGUGCACUUUCUACUUCUUUAAUGCAUCCUAUUGAUACUAUUAAGACUCGAGUGCAAGCAUCAACAUUGACCUUUCCAGAGAUUAUCUCAAAGCUUCCACAAAUAGGAGUCCGUGGUCUGUAUAGGGGUUCUGUUCCUGCAAUUCUUGGGCAGUUCUCAAGUCAUGGACUGAGAACGGGAAUAUUUGAAGCAAGUAAGCUUGUAUUGAUAAAUGUUGCUCCAACACUCCCUGACAUUCAGGUUCAAUCCAUGGCAUCAUUCUGUAGUACCUUUUUGGGGACAGCAGUGCGGAUUCCAUGUGAAGUACUAAAACAGCGAUUGCAAGCUGGCCUUUUUGAUAAUGUCGGCGAAGCUAUUGUUGGUACCUGGCAUCAAGAUGGUUUGAAGGGUUUUUUCCGUGGCACUGAGGCCACACUUUGCCGUGAGGUGCCCUUUUAUGUUGCUGGAAUGGGUCUUUAUGCUGAAUCUAAAAAGCUUGCCCAGCAGCUUCUGGGACGAGAACUAGAACCUUGGGAAACAAUUGCAGUUGGAGCUUUAUCUGGAGGGCUGGGAGCAGUUGUUACAACGCCUUUUGAUGUGAUGAAAACUAGAAUGAUGACUGCUCCACAAGGCCGAUCAAUAUCAAUGUCUAUGGUGGUAUUUUCUAUACUCCGUCAUGAGGGACCUCUUGGCCUAUUUAAAGGAGCAGUACCAAGGUUUUUCUGGAUUGCUCCUCUGGGUGCCAUGAAUUUUGCAGGCUAUGAACUAGCAAAGAAGGCCAUGGUCAAGAAUGAGGAAGCAACAGGGCAUCAACUGCCUCAAAAGAAGUUGGCUAAUUCUGGGUAAGAUAGGAGACCUUUUCAUGGUAAAAACUGUACCCUAUUUAGGUCAAAUCUGAGACUGAAUGCUACAAGAAAGUUUUGCACUAUUUCCGAAACUUGUGGCGGCAAUGUGCCUCGGAUUUCAUCUGUUGGCAACUCCAUUUUCAUCAAGGCAUUGUAUUUAAUUUCCAACUUUCACCCUCUGUUACCUCAACUUUUGAACCAUACUUGCUCUGCAAUGUAGAGAGAUGUUCUUGGGGUUUAAUUUUGUAUCUUUUCAAUUGCAAUUUUCAAAUUUUGUGUACAUUCUAUGUGCAGUUGAUUUUCUUUUUCAAUCCAUAGUUCCAUACAUUAAAGUUCCAUUUUAUUU